AUGGACCGCGCCAAGGCCAUGGCCAUUAUUCAUUCCACCAUUCGCGAUGAGAAAGUCCAGUCCGUUUUGUCUAUCAACGGCUGGGACGAAGACAACGACGAUCCGAAGUAUUUGUUCAACUUCAUUAGGAACAGUAUCUCCAGCGUCACCAACGAGGCCAAGAGCGAUGUCCUCGACGAGUAUCAAACCAUUAAGUGUUCCUCUUUCACUAACUUGGAGGCCUUCCACAUGCGCUGGCAGACUUUGCGCAAGCGUGUCAAGGACGUUGGCUACAUCAUCAACAACGAGGUUGAGCUUACCAACCUCUUCAACGCUGUUAAGCGCUCUUUUCCCCAUGAAGCCAUGUUGUGGGCUGCGGAUAUGAACAAGAAUGAAUUGACAACCGUGUCCUUUUUGGCCAGACUCUCUACAUUGGCCAACACUCAGAAAAACUACACCAACAUGGUUGCCGUGAAGGUGGAGGUCAAGACCAAGGAGACUAAAGAGAUCAAGACUGAGAGCAACGGAGAUGAGCGUGUUGCCUGUAACGUCUGCGGCAAGAAGAAGAACUACACCAACAUGGUUGCCGCGAAGCUGGAGGUCAAGACCAAGGAGACUAAAGAGAUCAAGACUGAGAGCAACGGAGAUGGGCGUGUCGCCUGUGACGUCUGCGGCAAGAAGGUCUAG